AAGUGACAGAGGAAAGAGAGAGAGAGAGAGAGAGUCCGAGUGUACGAGAGAAAGAGAGAGAGAGUCAGUGUGCAGAGGGAGAGAGUGAGUGUGUAUGUGUGUGUGUGUGUGUGUGUGAGAGAGAGAGAGAAAGAGAGAGAGAGAGAGAGAGAGAGAGAGAGAGAGAGAGAGAGGAAAAAAGAAAAAAAAGUUGGACAGAGUUUUGGACACAGUUUCACUUCGUGCUUGAAUCCGGAUUUGGAAGCAGUAAGAAACCUGAUUGGGGUUCAAUACAGCGCGAGCAGCUCUGUAAGGAGAAGAGAGGGAGAAAUUCAGAGGGAGGAAAAGAGAGAGAAGUGAUAAAGAGGAAGAAAGAGUGAAAAAAAGAAAAAGAGAAUGUGGCCUGGGUCUGUGUGCAGUGUCUGCAGACUGUGUGUGUUAUGGAGUGCUGUGCUGUCUGCUGUGUGUGUGUCCGGUGAGGACAAGGCUGAAAAAACACUGUCCGGUCGGCGUUCUCGACAGGUCGAGGAAGAAGUCCUUGAAGGUGUGUGGGGUUCAUGGGCUGAGUGGACGGAGUGUUCUCAGAGUUGCGGUGUGGGCGUGUCAGAGAGGCGGAGACAAUGCAUGCCACCACCUCAACCUCGGCACCAGAUUUGGACUGGGCCGGCCUACUUACCAUCUGGUGGCUCAAACCACGCCCCUGUGAUCUCUGCAGUGAGGCCGUACUAUCCCUCACUUUAUCCUGACAAUGAACCCCCUCCUUACGGUAGUGGGGGGCCUGAUAGACCACCAUUUUAUUCGCCCCCACUUCCACCCAACCAGAGUCCGGGAUUACCUCUCUAUCGUGACACAGCUGAAGGGGCGGGCCCAGAGCAACCCAAUCCCGCGCCUCCAUUCUACAGGCCAGAGUUCACACCAUCCAAUCAGCAGCCGGUUUCAAUUUACCGCUCACCUUCUUUCGCUGCCUCAUCUUCUUCUUCUUCUUCAUCUUCACCUUCGUACGGUCAACCAGCGAGAGGAUCUAGAAGGCCACCCAAUCAGGGGGCAGGACGAGUUGGAGGAGGCAGCGGACGGAGAUCUGUCUCUGCCAAUAGGGAUCCAUCGAGAAGGUCCAGUUCCUCUAUCCGCCCAGGGCAGUUUGGUUACGGCAGGGUUCCGUACUCUCUUCCCCUCCAUCGGCAAAAUCGGCACGCACGGCACACCCAACGCCACAGGAACACCACCACUGAUCCCCUAGAGGUCGAAGGUCAUGAUGCACCAAUUGAUACCGAAACAGAGAGUGAUAUACAAACAAAGAACACAGAGGAAACCACAGGGGAGAGACGAAAGGAGGAGGUGAGAGAGAGUAGAAAGAACGAUGGAAACCUGCUAACUGACUCUGGUACACCUAAGAAAGCGAAAGAAAGAGAGAGAUCCAUUACCCGCCGUGCCCCGCCCCCAUUCUCCUCCCCUCUCCAUCGGCCACACAAUCCACAAGACCUUCCCACUUACAGCCAGCACACACACAACCCCAGCACGUGGAACAAUCUCCAGGAGAGAGAGGCCGGACCGGGAUGGGCACCCCAGCUGCGCCGCCCGCCCCCCCUUCUGAACUACAGGUGCUCUGGGCAGGACAGGGAAAUCCGCAGGUGCACUGUACAGCCCUGUCCCGGUUCUCCGGUGGAUUCCAGAGCGGAGCAGUGCGCUGCGUUCAACAAUAAAGAGUUCAUGGGCCGAGUGUACGACUGGGAGCCAUUUACCGAAGUGGGCGUGGAGCAGCAGUGUGAGUUGACGUGUCGGCCGGUUGGUUAUCGUUUUUAUGUGCGUCAAGCAGAGAGAGUACGAGACGGAACACUGUGUGCCAACAGCACUCUUAAUGACGUGUGUGUGGGGGGACGCUGUCUGAGUGAGGGUUGUGAUGGCGUGUUGGGUUCAGGUUUGGUGCGUGACCGGUGUGGUGUGUGUGGAGGUGGAGAUGGGUCAUGUGAGCGGGUCACUGGGAGUUUUGAGAACAGCAGCGUUCCCCUGGGUUACCACAAGAUCAUGGACAUACCUCCCGGAGCUACUGCCAUCAACAUCACAGAGAGACGCCAAAGCCCCAACUACCUCGCAUUGCGAAGUGGCACGGGUCAAUCUGUGGUGAACGGGCGAUGGGCAGUGGAUCCUCCGGGUGAGUACGAGGCUGGAGGGACAACGUUUGUGUACAGCCGACCCCGAGGAGAUGAGAAAGGAGAAACACUGAGUGCAGCUGGACCAACAACUACGCAACUGCAGCUAUAUAUUAUUUUCCACAGACACAAUCCAGGUAUAGACUAUGAAUACUACAUUCCAGUGAAGCAGGGAAAAGAAAAAGUGAGAGAGUGGGAUGGAGGGAACGAACCUCUUCGAGAGAUCAGUCCUCUUGCAGUGGCUGUUGAAGACCCUCCCUCUCCUCCUGUCUCUUCUUCCUCAAAUUCUGCGACCCCAGAGAGGUGGACCCUGGAACGGCCCCGGGUACGGAGCUCAGGGUCCAACCGGAAUGCUCGAAUCCCACCUCGGACCGACAUCCCACUGGACAACCAACCUGUUUUCGUCUGGAGGAGGGGCAGAAUGACUGAGUGCUCUGCCACCUGUGGAAAAGGUUCUCAGUACAGAGAGAUUCUGUGUGUGAACAGACACACUGAUCAGGAGGUCCACGAGAAAAGAUGUGACUCAGCAGCCAAGCCGCUCCCAGAGGAAGAGCCAUGCAACAUCCAUCCCUGCCCACCAUUCUGGGAGAUGGGCUCGUGGUCUGAGUGCAGUGUGUCUUGUGGUUGGGGGCUGCAACAGAGGCAGCUGCAGUGCAGACAGAGUUUUGGAAACCGAUCCACCAUGGUCCACCCUCAGCGCUGUGCUGGACUGACAAGACCGAACUCCACCCAGACCUGCUUCCCCAGGGUCUGCUCCCGCUGGGAGAUCAGCUCCAACUGGAGCUCUUGUUCAGUGGACUGUGGUGUGGGUAAGAGAACACGCAAUGUCCGCUGUGUCAGUAAUUAUGGCAACGAGGUUAGCGAGGGGGAGUGUAAUGCCCGGCUCCGCCCACAGGGGAGUGAGGACUGUCACAUGGGGCCCUGCGUCACUAAUUGGUACUUUACCGACUGGACCAACACUUGCUCUGCGACGUGCGGUCCUGGAGUCCAGAGGAGAGAGGUGCUGUGUUUGACGAGAGGAGGAGGGCGUGGAGGGAAUGAUGGAGGGGAGUGUGUGGGGGAAAAACCUGCAGAUAUGAAGGCCUGCAAUGGGGGACUCUGCACUCCUACAGCUCUGUGGUACACUGGGCCCUGGGGACAGUGUAGCUCUCCUUGCGGAAAUGGAAAUCAGCGGAGAGAUGUUAUCUGUGUCCAGAAGAUGGGCAGUGACUUCACAGUGGCAGCUGCUAGCAAGUGUUCACACCUGGAUAAACCUUCACCUGUCCAGACCUGUGAACUCCAGCCCUGCAGGGCUCAGUGGUUCACUACAGAGUGGAGCACGUGUUCUCGUUCGUGUGGAAAGGGAUUACAGACGCGGGAGGUUCGCUGUGUCUCAGCUGAUAAGCAGCACAGCAUUGACUGUGAUCUUGAAAGCAAACCAGAGCAAGAACAGCUCUGCAACACACUGCCCUGCAGCCCUUUCCCAGAUGAGAACUGUUCGGAUCGUCGGCAUAACUGUAUGAUGGUGGUCCAGGCUCGUCUGUGUGUGUACUCUUAUUACAAAACAGCCUGCUGUGCCUCCUGCACUCAGAGCGCUCAGCGGGCCAAGCGACACUGACCUCUCCACAGGCCUGAGGUCAGAGAUCAGGCCAGCGUCACGCUGGGACCGGGACUCAUCCGCUGACAUCAAAUGCGGACAUCAUACGCUGAGCGGCUCACGUCUGGACCAGAAACCCAGACAUUAAGAAGUUUCCAGAGUUUUCUUGGUGCUUCAAUCCCAGACUGAGCUGGACCUGCCAAUCACAGCUAACCCAUCCCACCAUCCCUACCCACCCUGCAACACACUUAAAGACUCUUUCUUAAGGAGACAACCUUUUUUAUGACCAAAUAUGCCUUUAAAUGUUUUAAAAAAGCACUAAUCUUCUUUUCCAGCUCUGUCUGUGGGAAAUUUUUAGGUAAAGUAAACAUGAAAAACCAAAAUGUAGGAUCAUGUGCCCCUUGCAUUUGAUUAUCCUGUUUAUGAGUUCAUUAAUGCUUCAUAUUGAAUAAUGAUGAUGAGGUAGGAGGUACAGACUGUUGUUUCGUUUGUAUCUGUAGUUGGAAUUUGUUGCUUAGUGUAAAACACUUUUUUACGUGGUUCCUUUAGACUGAUUUAUAUAGGCCACUUCACAAAGUGAGCUUUUUAUUUAAAGAUUCGUCCGCUGUAGUUUGGUUGGAAGAGUCAUUAUGUGAGGAAUUCUAUGGACAUUUCAAGUCAUUGUACGUUUCAAAUGAGGUUAUAAAAGAGCCCAUAAAAAAGCAUAAAGUAAUCAACAGAAUUGACAAAUUGAUUUUAUCAUCAUUCUGUAGGUGCUAAUAACAAGCUGUUACUGUUACAUUGUUGCUUCUUCUAAAGCUUAAGGUAAACCUCUUAAACUCUGCAGAGCCACUGAUGGUUUCUUUAUUAUUACCUACUGGUAUAACUUAACCACAACUCAACUCAGCCAGUUUGCAUUGCUUUGCAUGUAUUUAGCAAACAGCAAUCCUAUCCUAUCCUAUAUUAAACGUAAUAUGGAAUAAAUGGGGUUAAAGCAGUAUUAUGUGAGAAUUGGUAUGGCUUGCCCCAUGAGCUUCCUUACAAUUAAAAGGUAUACAGACCUAAUCACACCAAAAAUAUUUUUUUCCCGAUGGAAUAAACAGAUAUAACUUUUGAUACAAGUUUGUAUUUGGAUUUGAACUCUGCUCCGGAUAAGAUGAGCUCUGAUUGGUCAACCUAAUUUUAACAGCCACACAACACUGAAAAAAGAGCCGACUCAUUAAAAAAAUAUAGGACAGAACUGCUACUAAAAAGUAAAAGAAACAUGUGGACGGACUUGUUCAGUAACAUGACUGUGGUUAUGCAUCUCUUGAAAGCAGUGUCAUGCCCACUUCACUAGAGUUACAUAGCGCAGGUCAUGCAUCAAAAUUACAGUACUUAAAAGCUAUUGGAACAAUGCUACGUAAUGCUGCUUUAACUAAACUUUCAACACCCAGUAAAAAGGAUUUCUUGUGUUUAUGGUAUUUCUUCAAUACAGAGUUCGAUAGCUCACUGUGAGUCCCCUGCUGCAAGGCUGUAAGCUACUGUAAGCUGUCCCCAUUCGACCCUUAUACACAAACACACAAACAUACACACACACUGAUGGCUUCCACCGUCUCGUGUGUAAUAGCUGCACUCUUUCUAACUGCAACAAUAGCAAGCUACUCUUUUGUACUAAGAAACGUUCUCAGAACACUUGUAUACAAGACUGAUAUGCAUGUAGACAGUAGUCUCUUAAUGAACACAAUCUCGUGUGGAUGUGUGAUGUGUUCAGUGUAGGAAUGCGUCACUUAAUAUGAACAGGACAGGAUUUGAUUAUCUGUCAUAAACUUGUUAUAUAUGUUUAUGUGUGUGUAUAUGUGUGUGUGUGAGUUUUUGUUUGUGUAUAUUUGUGUGAUACACAAUACAGAAUAUAUUGUUUUGUAUGUGCUACAUGUUUUAUGUGUGUGUGAGAGAGAGAGAGAGAGAGAGAGAGUGUAGAUACUUUGUGUGUAUAGUGCCAUAAUCAGACAGUAGCAAAUACCCUUUAGAAAAAAACAACUAUACUUUUAUAUUAAAGAAAAAAGAAAAGAAAUAGUUAUUUAUCUAUGAUUCUUAAAAAAAACAGAUAAUUUAUUUUUUUCUUUUUAAAUGAAGCAAUAGAUAAAUGCUCUUCUUACUGUUUGGAAGUUUUUUCAGAACAUGUUCAGUAAGAAGUUUAUUAGGGGUUUGUCAUUAAAAACACACAUGGGUACAAAUGUCAUUAUAGUACUCAAAAUAAAUAAACUUUGAAUGACAAAG